AGGUGGUUUACCUUGCCUUUUUAUAAUUUCUGUUAAAUACAACUGUUCAUACGCAUAUUCACAUUCAAGCCUUUUCUUGGAUGCGCUCUAAAUACCCACCUGCAAUACUAAUUCAUUAUCCAAGUUAAUAUAAUUUCUCGUCAAUAAAUCAACAAAAUAUCUCAUAGAACAAACCGCGACCACCUUUUUACCGCCGGCCCUGGCUGCCAACCCCGCCAUGGCAGACCAUCUCUGUGUCCUCGUUCACGGCCUCUGGGGCAAUCCCAACCAUCUCAAGAACGUCGCCAAGGUGCUCCGUGAGAAAUACAGUGAGGACGAGCUCCACAUACUGGUCUCCAAGCGGAACAGCGGAAGCUUCACCUACGAUGGCAUUGAGCUUGGAGGACAGCGUGUGUGCCAAGAGAUUGAAGAAGAGCUGAAGCGUCUUUCGGAAAGCGGCCAGACAGUCAAGAAGUUGAGCAUGGUUGGGUAUUCUUUGGGUGGCCUCGUAGCGCGGUAUACCGUUGGUCUCUUGGAAUCGCGAGGCCUUUUCGACAACAUUGAAGCAAUUAACUUUACCACCAUAGCGACACCCCACCUCGGGGUAAGAUCUCCAAACCGCGCCGUGAUAAGUCAGAUCUUUAAUGUGCUCGGGCCACAAAUGCUGUCCAUGUCCGGGACGCAACUAUUCAUGGUCGACAACUUCCGCGAGACUGGCCGGCCCAUCUUGGAGGUUAUGGCGGAUCCAAAUUCCAUCUUCAUUACGGGACUGCGGAGGUUCAAGAGGCACUCAUUGUAUGCGAAUAUUACCAACGAUAGAACCGCACCGUUCUACACUACGGGAAUCUCCAAAAUCGAUCCGUUUGUGGACCUGAAGGCGGUGGAUGUGGGGUACCUUGAUGGAUACGAGGACGUUAUUCUGGACCCAACGCGGCCGUUUUCGCCCAAGGAAAAGAAAAUCCUAACAUUUUAUUCCAAACUCAAGCAUGACGCAUCCUUUUUCUUCAGGAACCUCCACAUUUUUGCCCUCCUUACAAUAGUUAUCCCAAUCGGCACGCUUGCCUUCAUCACCUAUGCUGGCAUCCAGACUAUACUGAGUAGCAGCAGGAUACGGCUGCAUGAGUCUGGCAAAGCUGGGAUUGACCCGAGCAGCUAUCGGACACCCUUCCUGCUGGACAUCCGCGAGGCAGUCGAAGAUGCGUAUGGGAACCUCAAUAGUGCCCAAAGCCAACAGUUCCUCUCCGCCGCUCCCAGCACUGCUGGAUCGUCAGAGGAUGAGUCUGAGGCCAGCGGACGGCCGUUAAUGGGGAACCAAGCGGCCGAGAAGCCGUCCCGUUCGACUACAAAGGGUUUAACAAACGGCAAUCCUGGUACCGACAUAUCGCCCAAAGAGACGCCGACUCUGGCCCUUGCCCCCGAGCAGUUUACUAUCAUCCGGAACCUUGAUAGUGUGGGCUGGAGGAAAUACUUUGUGCAUAUUCACAAGCAGCGACAUAGCCAUGCUGCGAUUAUUGUACGAAGGGAUAAGGAGGACUUUAGUGAGGGGUUUGUGGUGCUGCGGCAUUGGUUGGACGAGUUUCUUAUGGAGUAGAUGUUGUAAGGAUUCGGUUUUACGUUGGUGCUGAAUCAUGGGGAGUUGUGUCGGUUGUCAACGACUUGAUUUGGAAAUUUCUUUUGAUAUUGCAACUCUAGAUUUUUUAAAUUUUGAUAGGAGGCGUUAUAUAGAAAGGACGGUCUCUUGUAUUUGGACGGGUUAUAGUUAUCGGAUUAGAUUUGAAGGUGUAUUUAUAGAUGUUUUAUUGCUACUCCUCUCAGGGGCGUUUAAUACAAGGAUAAACAAUGGAUAUUAAUUUUGGC